CCCUUCCCGCAGGCGCCCAGGGCGUCAGAUCGGCCCAGGGGGCUCGUCCUGCAGGCGCCCUUGAUCUCCUCUCCCGCCGGCUCUCGCUGCUCCCGUAGCAGCGCCUGAUUCCGAUCCGGUCGUUCUCAUCGGAUCUUAAAAAAAAAAAAAAUGUCUGCUGCAUCGGGUUAUGUUGCUGUUCCUCGCUGUCCGGUGAUCUUUGAUGGUACUAACUACACCGAGUUCACUGGCUUCAUGCGCAUUCACAUGCGUGGCAUCCGUCUUUGGGGUGUUCUUUCUGGCGAGGUCUGUUGUCCGCCACGUCCAGUUCCUCCGGUGGCCCCUACCCCGCCAACUCCAUCGGUUCUUCCUACGGAUGCUAAUCAGGCUGCCAAGGAUGCGGCUAAGGUUGCUGAUGAGGUUGCUGAUCGUGCUUAUGAUGAGAGGGUUUUGGCUUAUGAGGAGGCUCUUCAGUUGUAUCAUGGUGCUCUGUCUGCUUACACCCAGUGGCUUGAUGAUGAUGCCCGUGCUGCAGCUGUUCUCACUGCUAGUGUUCUGCCUCAGUUUGCUUCUGAAUUUCUGGGUCUUUCUACUGUCUUUGAGAUGUGGACCCGUCUUCGUGAGCGCUAUCAGCCCUCUGGUGAUGCCUUAUACCUCUCUGUGAUCCGCCAGGAGCAUGCUCUUCAGCAGGGUGACUCUACUGUUGAUGACUUCUAUGCACAGAGUUCUGCUAUCUGGCGUCAGCUUGAUUCUCUCCGUAGUGCUGGGUGUCGUACCUGCCCCUGUUGCCAGGCUGUCCAGGCCAAUUUGGAGUUUCAUCGCGUCUAUGAGUUCUUGUCUCGGCUUCGUAAGGAGUUUGAGCCCCGGCGUGCUCAGUUGUUUGCUCGUGGCCGUAUUUCUCUCAUGGAGGCGCUUUCUGAGAUUCGUGCAGAGGAGACUCGCUUACGUGGUGCUGGUUUGCUGGAGGUUCCCUCUGUGCUUGCUACUCGUGCUCCUCCGCCACCUGCUCCAUCGACCACUUCUCGCUCGAGUGCUCCGCCGCUAUUGCCCACUCCUUCUGGAGGCUCCGGUCGCCCCCGUCCACACUGCGCCUAUUGCAACAAUGAUGGUCAUCUUGAGUCUCAGUGCUACACGAAGAAGAAACACCUGCGCAAGGCUCGAUCAUCAUCUUCAGGGACUUCGUCGUCUACCUCGACAGCUUCAGCCAUUGCUUUGACUGAGCAGGAUAUUCUGAGACUUAAGCGUCUGCUCGCGGCUUCAGGUUCUUCCUCGACGGGUACUGCCGGUUCUGUGACUGAUGCUUCCCGCACUGAGCAAUCACCCUCUACACAGUCAGGACCGUCACACGCACACUCUGGUUGGGGCUGGCCCUCGCCGCCGUGAUUCUCAGGGUCUUUGGGAGUUGGACUGGCUUCAUGUUCCUUCUGCUGCUACCACCAUCGCCAGUUCUUCCGCUUCUGUUGCCUCUGUCACUGGUUCCUUCCAGCAGUGGCAUCAUCGACUUGGUCAUCUGUGUGGAUCUUGGUUGUCUUCUUUAGUUCGUCGAGGCCUUCUGGGGUCUGUCUCAGGAGAUGUCUCUUUAGAGUGUCAGGGUUGUCGUCUUGGUAAGCAGAUUCAGUUACCAUAUUCACAUAGUGAGUCCGUGUCUAAGCGUCCUUUCGAUUUAGUCCAUUCUGAUGUA